AUGGGGUUCAAAUUUGCUCACCUGUGCGACUUACUAUCAACGCUUGAAGAUAACAGGGUCCUGAAAGCUGCCCAUGAAGCCAAAGUUGUGAACCCCGACAUCCGUGCCGUAUCACGAUGGUUCGCUCAGAAUGAAAAGAGGAUCCGCGAUAAAGAUACCGACCAGUUGGCUCUCCUUUCCUGCAUGUUUCCAGAGAAACGGACAGACCGUGUCUACUGGCUACAGGAUACAUCGCUGGCCAAAAUCAUAGCACGGUGCCUGCUUCUGGGCUGUUCACGGCGGCAGGAGCUCGAGCGUUGGCGUGUAUCCGGAGGCGUAGACCUGGGACAAUGCGUGGAGAAUGUCAUGCGGCAGGCUGAAAACCAUGUCACCAACGGCCAAGAUGUCACUGUGGAAGAGAUAGACAAAGCUUUAGCUGAAAUCGCCUCUCGUUGCAGGUUUUCUGGUCCUCGGGUGCGAAGACAGCGUACGGCUGUCAAGGUCGAUCAGACGUUGUCCCCUCUAUACCGACGGCUAAGUAGCAGAGAUGCGAAAUGGCUUACUCGAAUGAUACUGAAAAGCUAUUCUCCUGUUUCCUUGCCGGUAAACAUCAUUUUGAAGCGGUUCCAUUUCCUCCUUCCGCAUUUACUUCUCUUUCAGGACUCCUUCGAACGCGCUUUAAGCGUGCUAGGCUCUAGUCCCAUUAAACACUUUCCACCUCAACCAAAUGCUGCAUUAGCCAAAGACCUGGGAAUCAUCGCGUUAGGGCAUCUCAGUCCUGCUGUGGGAGUCAAGAUAGGGCGACCCGAGUACUAUAAGGCUAGGAGCAUCAAACAUUGCUGUCGCAUGAUCGGCAACCGUCGCAUGAGCAUCGAAAGGAAGUAUGAUGGUGAAUAUUGCCAGAUACAUAUCGACCUGUCCAAGGACUCGGACUGGAUCCAAAUAUUUUCUAAAAGCGGUAAAGAUUCAACAGGAGACCGCGCCGGUAUCCAUCAAGUCAUUAGCGAAUCACUGAAGCUAAGACGGCCGGGUUGCAAGAUUUCCCAACGAUGCAUCCUGGAGGGCGAAUUGCUUGUUUGGAGCGACAAACAUGGCAGCAUCGCUGAUUUUCAUAAGUUGCGUAAAUUCAUAUCGCGUUCAGGCACUUUCAUUGGAACCCAAAGUGACUCUCCUCCACAACCUUAUGAGCAUCUGAUGAUAGUAUUUUUUGACAUCCUGCUUAUGGAUGACAAUGUUUGUCUGAGGCUUCCACACCGUGAGCGGAGAUUGCUUCUGAAAGACACUAUAGAGCCAAUCCCAGGGCGUGCGGGUAUAUCUGAGCAGUGGGUUGUUGACUUUUCCCAUCAUGGCGGCCAAUCCCGACUAGAAAGUAUCUUCAACAAAGGCAUCACUGAGCGAUGGGAAGGGUUUGUCCUCAAAGCAAGUGAAGACCCUUACUUUACAAUCUUUUCUGAUGACAAGGACAAUCCGUCCUUCGGUCGCUGGAUCAAGUUGAAGAAAGACUAUAUACCUGGACUAGGUGACACCGUCGAUCUCGCAAUUAUUGGCGCGAGGUACAACUCUCGGGAUGCUAUGGCAAUCAAGCAAGUCAAAAAUCUCUCAUGGACUGAGUUCUUCAUUGGGUGCCUCGUCAAUAAAGAGAUGGUUGUGCAAUCUGGGGCCAUACCCAAAUUUCGUGUCCUCGAUGUUAUCAACCACCACUGCAUGCAUGUCAGGUUCAUGCAGUCCUUAAAUCAGUUCGGCGGGUUCUGCGCCCGCAGUCCAGACUCCGACCAUGGAUUCAUCCUUGAAUAUGGGGAGAGUGUAGUCAACCCCAUGGAUGUCGUCUUCAAGACACCCUUUGUCGUAGAGAUGCUAGGCAGUGGCUUUGAAAAGCCGUCUGGCGCCAGAUACUAUACACUGCGUUUCCCUAGGAUCUUGAAGGUCCUUUCUGAUCGAUCAUUUGAGGAUGCUGCGUCAUACAGAGAGUUGCAGCUAUUAGCAGAAACUGCUCGGUCUGCCCUUGAUGAGGAUCCAGGAAAUCACGAGUAUGAAGCAGCCAAACGGAUGAAGCUACGAGAUCGCUCGGAGUGCACACCGGAUCGAUCACAAAGUCUUCAGACAACACAGAGCCCCUUUCUCCAGUCCUCGACUACUGCUGAAGACGACUCAGGUCCUGGGGCAUUUGUGUCUCCCUCGAACAAUGCAUUGAACGCCCCAGACGCGUUACUUGGUUCCGCGAGACAAACCAAACGACGCCGCGAAAGCAGCGCUAUGCAACGUACCAUCCCCAUCCAUGUGGAUCUCAAUAGAGCCCCAUCCCCACCUACAGCACAGAGUGUACGCGGCAAGUAUCUGACAGAUAAUGCCAAUCUAUCUUCUCAUGCAGCCGGACAGAGGAAGAACUCAACCCAGACAACCGGGUCCUCUGAUGCAGAGAAAGCCUUCCGCCCCAGUCAAAUGCCUGGUCCUUCGAGUGGCUUAGACAAGUUGCAAAAGCACUCUGAAUCCCUUCAUAAACUAAUAGACCGCCAAAUGGAGUCCAAUGUGACGCUGGAAACUUGCAGCAAACGCCCAUCCGGCAAUGAAACCGUGGCUCCCCACCUCUGCCAGAAAGCAACUCAGCGUAUUCUAUCACCACUGCUCCACAGUUCUAUAUACGUUCACCAUGACAUCUCCUCCGAUGACAUGGUAGUAUCUCAACCCAUACCAAACGCUUGGAAAAUAGCACCAAGCCUCAAUGAGUUCGUCCGAAAAUUAACACGCCCAGAUACACAAUGCCGCCCCAGGACAUCUAACCAUCACGCAGUCCCGCAUGGCACAGCAUACGGACUGGUCAUGAUACCUGGCAAGAGCGAUGCGCUGUGUACAGUUCUCCCUGAUCUAAUCAGAGCCAUAGCAAAUAGCUUUCAAUCUUACCACAUCAACAGCCACCAGGGCGGGAAAGUCAUGAUCCUCGACUCGAGCUUUCUCAAAUUCAACAUCAGCAGUAAUGAUACGAGAUUUUGCCUUCAUCAGACAUUGGAACGCAUCAGCAAGGCGUUCUUCUAUGCUUGUGUGAGCUGGACGUUUGAUGGACCUCCAGGUCACGACUCAUCUGAAGACCAAGCUAGAGAAUGCGAUGCGCUUUACACUAGGCCUAAAAUCACGGUCAGCUUCGAUAGACGUGAGGUGGGUCUUCUGGGAGAAAAGCAGUCUUACUGA